CUGCUCUGCCCUUAACGUGUCACGACCUCCAUUUCUUCCACAUCCUCUUUCACCAACGAUAAGGGGCGACCGACGCGUCUUCCACCGCCGCCGCCUCCUCCGCCUCUACUGUCGCAAUCGACGCUGCGACCAACUCCUUCACCACCUACCUCAAUCCAACACCUUUAUUAACCCUACAGAAUCAGAAUCAGAAUCAAAAUCGGUAUGUUAAAUUUCUAUCAUUUGCCUUUAAAUCUGCCCUCUGUUCUCUCUAGCUAACUUUUCCUCAUUUUGAAAGCCCUAAUCGCCAUGGCAGAUUCUAUGGCUCCUCGUCGCUUUUCCGUUCUCUCGGCGUUGAUUGGAGUAAAUGACGUAUGGACAUUUUUCUUUUUGUAGUUCUUUUGCCACGGAAGUAUUAGAUUAACAUAAGUGGGACUUGAAUCAGACUAAUUACCUCCAAUGAUCGUAUAUAUUCUUCAACUAUCGAGUCUGAGCACUUUUGCAGUGAGACAGUGUCUAUGGGGACAAUUUUGUUAGGAGUUUAAAGGAAGUAUGUCUGAGGGAACCAGUCUUGUAAUUGAAUCUUCUGAGAACUGUACAGAUUUAUCCCAAGAUGAUGUAAGCACGACUGGAGAAACAUCUGAUGACACAAUUUUGUCUCGGCAGACUUCUGUAAACCUUGUUCCGUUUAUUGGCCAAAGAUUUGUAUCUCAAGAAGCAGCAUAUGAAUUUUAUUGCAGCUUUGGAAAGCAAUGUGGCUUUUCAAUCCGACGCCACCGUACUCGUGGCAAGGAUGGGGUUGGUCGUGGAAUUACAAGAAGGGAUUUCACUUGCCAUCGUGCUGGAUAUCCACAGAUGAAGCCAUCUGAAGAUGGAAAGUUGCAAAGAAACAGAAAGUCAUCAAGGUGUGGAUGUCAAGCUUAUAUGCGAAUUGUUAAGCGAGCAGAGUUCGAUCAUGUACCCGAAUGGCGUGUUACAGGCUUUAGCAACAACCAUAACCAUGAGCUUCUGAAAUCAAAUGAAGUUUGUGUGAUCCCGACCUACUGUAUCAUUUCUCCUGAUGACAAGAGUAGGAUUUGCUUGUUUGCAAAAGCUGGGAUGUCUGUGAGGCAAAUGUUGAGAUUGAUGGAAUUGGAGAAAGGUGUUAAACUGGGCUGCUUACCUUUUACUGAAAUAGAUGUGAGAAACUUAUUACAGUCUUUUAGAAAUGUUGAUAGAGAUAAUGAUGCUAUUGAUCUCAUUUCUAUGUGCAAAAAACUGAAAGAUGAGAAUCCCAACUUCAAAUAUGACUUUAAGAUAGAUGGCCAUAACAGGCUGGAUCACAUAGCAUGGUCGUAUGCUUCAUCUGUUCAAUCAUAUGAAGCUUUUGGAGAUGCAGUAGUUUUCGACACAACCCAUCGUUUGGAUGCCUAUGAUAUGCUGUUAGGAAUUUGGCUUGGAAUUGACAACUAUGGAACGACUUGUUUCUUUGGUUGUGUGCUUCUUCGAGAUGAGAAUAUGCAAUCUUUUUCAUGGGCACUGAAGACAUUUUUGGACUUCAUGAAAGGAAAGGCUCCACAGACACUUUUAACGGACCACAACACAUGGCUCAAAGAGUCAAUUGUUAAUGAAAUGCCUCAAACGAAACAUGCCUUUUGCAUAUGGCAUAUUAUAUCAAAAUUCUCAAAUUGGUUUUCUGUGCUUCUUGGAUCACGUUAUGAUGAGUGGAAAAUUGAAUUUCAUCAUCUUUAUAAUCUAGACGGGGCAGAUGAUUUCGAAGAAGGAUGGAGAGACAUGGUUAAUAAAUAUGGACUCCAAACAAACAGGCAUAUCAUGAGCUUAUAUGCGCUGCGUACGUUUUGGGCUUUAGCCUUCUUGAGGCACUUUUUCUUUGCAGGGAUGAUGAAUACAUCUCAGGCUGAGUCGAUAAAUGCUUUUAUUCAACGAUUCUUGAGUGCACAAUCUCAAAUGGACCGAUUUGUACAUAAUUUGGCUGAUGUCGUUGAGUUUAAAGAUCGAGCUGGAGCAAAGCAAAAAAUGCAACAGAAGAUGCAGAAAGUCUGCCUCAAAACAGGCUCACCCAUAGAAGCACAUGCUGCCUCUGUUUUAACUCCUUAUGCCUUUAAUAAGCUUCAAGAAGAACUUGUACUGGCUCCACAGUAUGCAUCUGUUCCGGUAGAUGAUGGUUGUUUCCAGGUCAGACACCAUACACAAAUGGAUGGAGGGUGCAAAGUGAUUUGGCUUCCAUGUCAAGAGCUCAUCAGCUGUAGCUGCCAUCAAUUUGAGUUUUCAGGGAUCCUUUGUAAGCAUGUUCUUCGCGUGCUUUCUACUAAUAAUUGUUUUCACAUCCCGGACGAGUAUCUGCCAACCCGUUGGCGUGAUGCCAGUUCUUCAACCACUUACACCUUUCAGAACACAAGUAUGAGAGAGCAUUCUGGAAAGGUUCAAUUGUUAGAGUCUAUGGCUUCUGCUCUUAUUGCAGAAUCAGUUGAAACAGAUGAGCGCCUUGAUAGUGCAUGCGAGCAAAUUGCAAUUGUUCUUUCACGAAUCAAAGACCUUCCUCGGCCAAUGCACGACACUAAUGAUGAUUAUACUUGCCCUUCCGAUGCAUUGAUUCUACAGGAAGUAGAAGAUGCAGAUGGAAUUGUUCGUUUCACGGUUGGAAACCCUCACGAAUCCAUUUCCACGGGAAAGCUUAAAGAAAGAAGGCCAAGAGAUGGAGUGGAUAUUGGUAGAAAGAGAAGGUCAGGGUCUUGUUGUGGACAGUUUGGACACGAUGCGUCGGAGUGCCAACUAAUGGGAGGUGAUCAUCUGAAUGGAGAUGCACUGGGAUACUUGUAGUAGGAUACAACACCCAAGAUGGUAGUAUAGAAUGUACAAAUUAAUAGCAGCAGGAGUUCUAGUCUCAGCCUAAUGUGGUUCAAGUUUUUUCUACUCCAAAAUCUAUAUUGCUUUCAUUUUUUGUGUCACUCCCCCCAGGAGUGAAGAUCUGAACUAGAAUUCUACUCAGAUCUAGGGCUUAAUUUAAUUUGAAGAAAUAUAGUGAUAUUCUUUUCUUUUCUUUUUGUUAUUUCAAAGAAGCCACACCAAGUGUAAAAUUGGAAUUCGAAUUUGGAAGUGAAUUCUUUUAAUUACAAACUAACUUUUAUUUACUUCUAAA